AUGCCGCCGCGCAUCAACAUCCCCCCCGUCACGCGGGCGCUGCUCGUCACCCUCGCCGCGCAGUCGGCCCUGAGCGCCGCCAUCCGCUACCGCCAGUGGACCGAGACGACGCCGGCGGCCGGCAGCAGCCUCGUGCUCCCCUACCUGACGCUCGUCCCGCAGCUGUCGCUCGUCUACCCGUGGACCUUUUUGACGGCCACGCUCGUCGAGGGCAACCUCUUCACGCUCGGCAUGGCCUGCGUUGCGCUCUACCACGGCGGCCGCUACCUCGAGCGCGCCUGGUCCUCGGCCGACUUGGCCAAGUUUCUCGUCGUCGUGUCCCUGGUGCCCAACCUGCUGACAUUUGCCACCAUGGUCUUCUUCUUCACCCUCACCCGCAACGAGCGUUGGACGUGCGUACUCUCUCCCUCCUGCACAACCACUCUGUACCAAGCUGACCCGCAUCCCAGACUCACCGUCAUAGCCGGCACUAUUCCCCUCCAAAUCGCUUUCCUCGUCGCCUUUAGCCAGCUCGUCCCCGCCCACACCGUCACGCUCUUCCGCGGCGUCGUCUCCCUCCGCGUCAUGCGCACCCCGCUCCUCUACAUCGGCCUCGUCGCCCUCCUCGGGCUCACCCCGCUGCUCUCCCGCGCUGCCGUCUGGCAGGCUCUCUACGGCUUCCUCGCCAGCUGGACCUACCUGCGCUUCUACAAGUCGGUCUUUCCCGACCUCGACGCCACCCAGCCCGCCGCCCUGCGCGGCGACGCCUCGGAGACGUUUGCGUUUGCCGAGUUUUUCCCCGCCCCCGUCAAGCCCGCCGUCGCCGCCGUCGCGGAUCAAAUCUUUGACGUGCUCGUCGCCGUGCGUCUCUGCACGCCGUUUUCCGCGGCCGACGGGCUGCCGCCGCGCCGUGGUGCAGGCGGUGCUGGGCCGGGGGCGGGUGGCGCGCGCGCCGAGGCGGAACGGCGCAGGGCGAUUGCGCUCCGCGCUCUGGAUCAGCGCCUGAGCGCGGCCACCAACGCCGCGGCCAGGCAGGCGCCGCAGCCUGCGGCGCAGACGGCCGGGCCGCCGGUCGAGACGCAGCCGCAGACGACGCAGGCGGCCAUGACGACGCAGGGCCAAAUGCUCGGCGAAACCAAGUUCGAGCCAGAAAGUGACAGCAGCAAGAACUAG